GGGACGACUUAAACUGCUGCAAAACUUUGGCCAUUGGGCACAGAUUAGAUCUCCUCCUGUGUAGUCCCUCCCCUCUCCUGCACCACGCUCUAUAUAUACUGAGAGAGUACAGCCCAUUCACUGGCUCUCACUCUGUCCGUCUGUGUAUGAAGUGUGUGUGUAUGUGUGUGUGUGCCUGUGCCUGUGGAGCUGACCGGAGUGAAGUGAACUGAAGAAGUGUGUGUGUAUGCUUGUCUGUGUCAGAGCUCCCAAGCCUUUCUUGUGUGCCUGCAACAAGAGCACUCAGAAGGCACAUGGUUGCUCAUUUGUGAGUUAGAUAUUCACUCUUAUAGACAGAUAAGAGCAAGUGGCUGAGGGACAGGGAGGCUCAGUGACAGGGAGAGAGAUAGAUAGAGAGAGAGCUGAGGGAAGGAGAUAGGGAGAGACAGAGAAAGAAAAGGAGGAUAAUAAGACAGAGAAGGAAAAAAGCAGAAAAGAUAGAGACAUUUACACAGACAGAGAAAUAGAGUGAGGGAGAGAGAGAAACCCUGCACAGAGUCUACUGUGCUCUACCUACCCAACCCCCCCACCCCUUUCUUAUCACUUUAAAACCUCAGCACAAUGGAAGACUGUGCAUUGUCCUUCUGGAUUUACAUGGGAGUGAUGUCAAUGUUUGUUGGUGGCGCGGUGAAGAAGGUGCUGGCGUCCCACAUCAGUGCGGUGCCGUCCCUGGUGGCCUGGCUGGCCGCCACCAUGCUGCUGGAGAGGCUCUGCUCGCUCUGCCUGCCCGCCUUCCUGGCUCUGGCCGGGCUCUGCGCUGCUGCCUACUGCCUGCACGGCUCCAGGCAGACAAGCCUGGCCACCAGCCUGCCAACAGAAGGGAAGGCUGUCUUCAUCACAGGCUGUGACACGGGAUUUGGCCACGCGGCGGCUAAGCGUCUUGACGCGCUGGGCUUCGAGGUGUUUGCCACGGUGCUGGACCUGGCGGGAGAGGGAGCUCGGGAGCUGAUGCGCUGCUGCUCACCACGCCUCACGCUGCUGCGCGUCGACAUCACCAGCGCACAGGACGUGCAACAGGCCCUGCUGGACACCAAGGCCAAGCUGGGCAUGAGAGGUCUGUGGGGUUUGGUGAACAACGCUGGGAUGUGCUACAACUUUGGCGACGCCGAACUCUCCCUCAUGUCCAACUACCGCAGCUGCAUGGAGCUGAACUUCUUCGGGACGCUGAGCGUGACCAAGGCCUUCCUACCGCUGAUACGCCAAGCCAAAGGCAGGAUAGUCACCAUCUCCAGCCCCUCAGGAGAUCAGCCAUUCCCCUGUUUAGCAGCCUACGGUGCAUCAAAGGCGGCCCUCAACCUCUUCACCAACACCCUGAGGCACGAGCUGGAGCCCUGGGGAGUCAAGGUGUCCACCAUCCUCCCAGCUGCCUUCCGCACAGGGUUAAACAGCAACUCAGAGUACUGGGAGAAGCAGUACAAGCUCCUGAUCCAGAACAUCUCCCCGAGCCUGCUGGAGGAGUACGGUGAGGACUACAUGCGCGAGACCAAGGACCUGUUCCUGAGCUACAGCACGACGGCCCUGCGCGACCUCAGCCCCGUCAUCAACACCAUCCAGGAGGCGCUGGUGUCGCCGCAUCCGCAGUCGCGCUACUACGCGGGGCCCGGCGUGGGCCUCAUGUACCUCAUCAACACCUACCUGCCCAGCUGCCUCAGCGACAAGUUCCUGCAGAAACUCUUCAUCAAGAAGCAGAUCAUGCCCCGGCUGUUGCGCAAGGAGAGCACGCUGGACGGCAAGCUGCACAGUCUCAACAACAACAACAACAACAACAACAUCAGCAGUAUGAACAAUAAUAAUCUCAUCGUCACACGGCAAAAGUGACACUUAAGCCGUUAAAACUUUAAAAGUUAUAGGACCACUAAUGUAAUACACUCUUUGUUAUGACUUUUUUUCUUAGCAUUUUUUUGUCUAUAUUGUGCAUUUGUAUCCUUUAUCUUGUAUUUUUUUAAUAUUAUUUUGCCAUCUUGGAAGGGAUCAUUGAAUUGCACCAAAAAAUAGUACACAACACACCUGCAGUUGAUAAAACGUUGAGCACAUUGUAAUAUGUACCACCACAGGUGGUGUAAUCUACUGUAGGACUCCAAAUGAGAUGAAAUGAAGCCCUGGGCUUAGUGCCCGUCUUCUCAACGCUAGAGACUGCAAACAAGAAUGUUUUCAACCCAAGAAAGAGAACGUCCCCCAAGUAAAGAACGAGAUAACACAUACAGACUUGAUGUGCCUUGGCUGUUUCAGACGUGCUUUUGUGAAGCAUGAUUCUCGUAGGCAAAUGAUUAGGUGUUAAUAUUAUAUACUUUAUGCCUUCUCACAGUCGCCAUUAAGUGUGUUUCAGCGUCCGCAGUGUAAGAACAUUCUUACAGUACGUUCGCUGCCAGACCCGUUGAUCCACGCUGAAGAAGAAAUCUCAGAUUUCCAAGUUUAUGAGACCAACAGAUGUGCUUUAGAUGCAAGGACCCAAUACUUAAAUGUUGGAUUUGACCUUUUAUUGAUAUUUUUUGUCAGUGAUUUUUUUUGUUUGUUUAUUUGUUUCAUUUUGUUUGUUUGUUUUUUGUUUACAUGCUUGUUUUUUCCAUACUACUACAUAAUUCUAUAAAUUUGAAUAUUUAUGCCAGUCAUCCUUAUGAAAUCAUGUAAACUGUGAAAUUUGUACAAAAAUACAAAAAGAAGAAAAAAAUAUAAAUUGUUCAUGCUGUUCAUUCUUAGAUGCUAUUAAAGUUGAGUUUUUACAAA